CCACUAAUUUGUCUACCAUGGAUUGUCGUUUUAGAUCUGGGAAUAUAUGGUUCAACACUUCAACUACAUCAACAUCAGCAUGAAGACUGAAACAAUAAAUGUCACUUGCUUUCUUCCACAAAAUAUAUACAGACAAGAUUAGCAAGUACACUUGCUCCAAUCAUUUGUAUAAACAAGAACCUUGCCAAAAUGGCAUCCACGUAGGUAUGCUUCAAAGUGUGAUCUCACAUAACUGAGUAGGGACAGGCUGAGGAUGUUGCACAGAAAUAUUAAGGAGCACCUGGUGUUUACGGUAAUUUAUUCCUUAUACUAGUCAAUGAGGAAAGAGGCAGUCUGUCAAAAACAAUUUUGAGGCUCUAAUUCCCAUAUUUGUUUUUGAUACUUUAAUUCUCAUCAUUUGCAACUCUCUAUGGUGACCCCUAAUGCUCAGCUAGCUCUUCCUAUAAAAUCUUAUGCUGAAAGAUAGCAGGGCCCAUACAAAUCUUAUGGGAUUUAGAAGAUCUACUAGUCGGCUAAUUAAGUAGGGGAUCCCUCUGUUAAAUUUCACCCACUCGAGCCAAGUGCAUGUGUCUCAAGUCCAGUACCUCCACUUCUCUCUAAGCUCAAUCCUCCCAAUCUGGUUGAAAGAAGCACCUGAAAGAAGAAAGGUCUAAGAAAGGCAGGAGCACCACAUGAUUCUAUCUCCAGACUCCAGUUUCCUGCGAUGCAGCUGACCAGCACUGAUCUUGCCCCAAGAGUGCUUCUGUAUGCCAUCAAGCAAACAGAAUCAGAUUGAAUUGAGCAGUGAAUCUGUCCUGAAAAAAAAAAACAAAUUGGAAAUGGUUUCGGAAAGCAUGAAGGUACUAGCUUUUGGGUUAGUUUUAUUGGGGUGCCUGCAACCUUUUGCAGCUAUUGACCUCCAAGUCAUAGCACUGAAUGAAAUGAGGACGAUGCUCAAUGACAGCCGUGGUGUCUUGAAUGACUGGAACAGUAAUCAAGUUAGUCCCUGCUAUUUUGUUAAUGUUAGAUGCAAUCAAGAUGGCAACGUCAUUGGAAUCAUAUUGAGUUCUUCAGGCUUAAGUGGAGUCUUGUCGCCCAGCAUUGCAAAAUUAACAGCUUUAGAACAGCUGUUCUUGGAUGACAACAGCAUAACUGGACGUAUUCCACAGGAGUUAGGGAACUUAUCAAAGUUAAUGACUCUAAAACUUGGAAGAAAUCACUUAAAUGGCUCGAUACCUGAAACAUUUGGCCUUCUUUCAGAACUCCAAAAUCUGGAUCUAAGCCAAAAUCUCUUGAGCGGUAAUAUUCCGAGCUCCUUAUCGAAUCUUUCACUAUUGAAUGACAUUAACCUAGCAAAUAAUAAUCUAACGGGUGAAAUUCCAGAACAGCUACUUCAGGUGUCUCAAUAUAACUAUACCGGCAACCAUUUGAACUGUGGACAAAACUUAAUUUCAUGUGAGGGAGGCACCACUAAGACAGGUGGAUCAAGAAAAUCGACACUCAAGGUGAUCCUUGGAAGCAUCGGUGGAGCAGUCACUCUGCUUGUUGUUGUAGUUCUAUUUGUGCUAUGGUGGCAAAGAAUGCGUCACCGACCUGAAAUAUACAUUGAUGUUGCAGGUCAGCAUGAUCACAGCCUGGGGUUUGGGCAAAUCAAGCGUCUCUCAUGGCGUGAACUCCAAAUUGCGACCAAUAAUUUCAGUGAGCAAAGUGUUCUUGGGAAGGGUGGUUUUGGUAAAGUGUACAAAGGAGUGCUUCCAGGUCCAGAUGGCAAAAAGGUUGCAGUCAAACGACUGUUUGAAGUGGAAAGUCCUGAAGGAGAAAUGGCUUUCCUCAGAGAAAUAGAAUUGAUAAGCAUUGCUGUGCAUAAGAACAUAUUAAGAUUAAUAGGGUUCUGCACGACACCGACAGAGCGGCUCUUGGUAUACCCUUUCAUGGAGAAUCUAAGUGUCGCUUCCCGUUUAAGAGAUAUAAAACAGAAUGAACCAACAUUAGAUUGGCCAACAAGAAUGAGAAUCGCUCUUGGCGCUGCCCGUGGUUUGGAAUACCUUCAUGAGCAUUGCAACCCCAAGAUCAUCCACCGCGACGUCAAGGCUGCCAACGUCCUACUCGAUGGGAACUUGGAAGCAGUCAUAGGAGACUUUGGACUGGCGAAGAUGAUGGACAUGGGGAGGAAUACAGUAACGACUGCGGUCCGUGGGACAAUGGGCCACAUAGCCCCUGAGUAUUUUAAGACAGGGAGGCCAUCAGUGAAGACAGACAUAUUUGGAUAUGGUGUCAUGUUAUUAGAGAUUGUGACAGGAGAGCGUGCAAUCUUCCCCGACUUCUUGGAAGGAGCAGGCGAGGUCAUGCUCAUUGAUCAAGUGAAAUUAUUGAUGCAAGAAGGGCGAUUGGAAGAAAUCCUAGAUCGCAAUAUGGACUAUGUAUAUGACUUCCAAGAGCUGGCAAACAUUAUCCAAAUAGCACUCCUCUGCACCCACAUGGAUCCUGAUCAACGCCCUGCAAUGUCAGAAGUCGUGCACAUGCUGGAAGGAAAUACUGUGCCAACAGAUCGGUGGGAGGAGUGGCAGAUCGCUGAACUUACCCGUCGGCAGCAAUACGAGAACAGGCAACAUCACAACUUAUUCAGCUUCAGUGAGGAGUCACUCAACAUCCAUGAAGCCAUUGAGUUAUCUGGUGGUAGAUGAGCUGCAAGAUCAUAAAAAGUGUAACAAUACUCUCACUUGUUUCUUCAGUAGAAAAGAGUCGAAGGAAACAUAAGAACUGAGAAGUGACCUGUAUAGCUGUUACCUUAAGAAUAGUGUAUAAAAUCAUGAAUAGUAAUAUCUAUAAGUAACUGUAUCUAAUGUGUGAUACCGUGAACAGUGAACACGAUGGCGUGCUUCUAGUACAUCUAGUCCAGACAUUAACCGUUGCAUGUGUAUAUAAACACCAUUAUAUGUUUGAUUU